ACCCCUGCCAGGACCCUGCGCCGGGCGCCCAGCCAUUCCAGUCGCCAUUUCUUGUCUUCUGUCCCUGCGCUCCACCUCUAUCAACGCAUUCCUGUCCCUGACUCUCCGGCAGCACUUUUAGUGCGUCCGGGUCCCGGGCUCUCCCAGCCACCAGUGCGCCCCUUGUUCGCAUCCCUGUCUGCGCCCUCUAGGGCCCCGCCGCUGCCGCCCUGGCGCUCCCCGCGGGCCCCGGCGAGGCCGCCUGCGCCCUGUGCCAGAGUGCGCCCCGCGACCCGGUGCGCGCCGACUGCGGCCAUCGCUUUUGCCGGGCGUGCGUGGUGCGAUUCUGGGCGGAGGAAGACGGGCCCUUCCCGUGUCCCGAGUGCGCCGACGACUGCUGGCAGCGCGCCGUGGAGCCCGGCCGCCCGCCGCUCAGCCGCCGCCUGCUGGCGCUCGAGGAAGCAGCUGCGGCGCCCACGCGCGACGGCCCGGCCUCUGAGGCGGCGCUGCAGCUGCUGUGCCGCGCCGACGGGGGCCCGCUGUGCGCAGCUUGCCGCAUGGCCGCGGGGCCCGAGCCACCCGAGUGGGAGCCCCGCUGGAGGAAGGCGCUGCGCGGCAAGGAGAACAAGGGGUCUGUGGAGAUCAUGAAGAAAGAUCUGAAUGAUGCUCGGGAUCUGCAUGGCCAGGCUGAGUCCGCUGCUGCUGUGUGGAAGGGACACGUGAUGGACCGGAGGAAGAAGGCGCUGACUGACUACAAGAAGCUUCGGGCCUUCUUUGCCGAGGAGGAGGGGCGAUUCCUACAGGAAGCAGAGAAAGAAGAAGGGUCCCUGGAGGACGAGGAUGAGGACCCAGCGGAGAGGUUCAGGUCUCUGCUGCAGGCUGUGUCGGAGCUGGAGAGGAGGCACCGCAACCUGGGUCUCAGUAUGCUGCUCCAGUGAAGUGCUGCUUGCCCAGGCAGCAGGCGGAGGAAGCUGUUAACCAUCCCUGGCCUGAGGCAGCUCCUCCCUCUGCCUCCUUCUGGACCCCUUGCCAUCCUUCAAGACACCCCCAGCCCUGCGUGUCUUCUCCUAGGUGAAUAUGUGGACUGUGAACUCGAGAUGCCCACCUGGGGUUGCUGACGACAGUGCUCUGCCGCAGAAUGUUUGUGUUCCCUUUUCCUCUGGGUGUUCAUGUUUCCAGGCUGUAAACAUUUCACUGUAGAGAUCUGUAUUGAGGGUAAGUUAGCCCAAGUGUAUCCUGACUCCAUAAAGUUCUUUUUGUUGCCCCAA